CUUUUAGGGUGUCUACUUCAUUGUUUAGGCACGAGUGUGGUUCCCAGCGUACCUGUUAAUUUUGCAUUUUCCGUCAGGCAUUACGCUGGCUAGCUGUGCGGUGCCUGAAGACCCAUCGGCCUGAUCGUUGAUCGGUUGCGCCUCCUGGUGAACUGCAGUCCCCGGCAACGCGCAGGCUUUCAGCGCCUAGUAGCGGGUUUAGUGGUAGCAGCGAUUAUUCCCGGAUUAAAGUGAAACUAGUUACCGCGGGACUGGAGCUGAGUUGUUGUUGUGGAAGUUUGGUGCAAGUUUCUGGCCGACGGAGCGGACAGCUGAAGGACUUUAAAGCCUGUGGUCAUGGAAUAGAGCAGCGGAGUGGAGCCAGGCGUUAGGCCUGCGGAGAACUAACGUCAGCUAGCCGAGCUGUCUAGCAUUGUUUGGGUCGCUGUGCUAACUAGCUAGGCGCUGUUUUUGUUAGCAUAACACAGCGAGCAAGCCAGGACUGCUAGCUUGUUUGGAUGCGGAUAUAUUGGAGGAACCUGCUGAGGUCCACUACUCAUUUCCUGAAGUUUCGCUAAGUUUUCCUCUGCGCUAACGUUGGGCAGAACAGAAAGUAGCGGGCGACGUUUUUGUCGUAACGUACAAAGUCGAGCUUGUUUUGCGGAGGGAUGAUUUAUGUGCGAAAUUAAUCUAUAUUUUAGGAGAAAUUGCAUGUGGAUGACCAAACAUCAGUUAGGCGCAGUCCAGAAAGCACAAUCUCUCUGCCCCUCCGCGGGACGACACUUCCCAGCUAGAGUCCUUCACAGCCCGUCCCAACAAACACAGUCUCCUGUCUUCGGCCGGCUUCAGUGGCUGGCCACUCGGCACUGAGUGCCCAAUGGAGGAACAUGACAACAUGGACUAUUUUUACCAGCAGGUACUGCAGAAAGACGUUACCCGCAGAUUGCAGGUCGGCCAGGACCUCAUCGACUACCUGAACGACCCGCAGAGGUCCCCGGACGUGGAGCAGGACAAGCCCCGGCUGGAUAAGACCAUCGAUGAGUUAACAGGAUGGGUGAACUCCAGCAAUUUCAAGGUGGCAUUGUUGGGGAUAGACAUUUGUGGUGCAUUUGUGGAUCGCAUGGGAGAGCGGUUCAAAGGAUACCUCGGCACAGUCUUGCCAGCUCUGGUGGACAGGCUGGGUGAUGGGAAGGACCAGGUCAGGGAGAACAGCCAAGCACUCAUCCUACGCUGCAUGGAGCAGACUGCCUCGCCCAUGUAUGUUUGGGAAAGACUGCUUCCUGGUUUCAAACACAAGAACUUCCGCAGUCGAGAAGGAAUCUGCCUCUGUCUCAGUGCCACGCUCAGCACGUGUGGAGCCCAGCCACUGAGCCUCAGUAAAAUAGUUCCUCAUCUCUGCUCUCUUACUGGAGACCAAAACCCACAGGUACGUGAAGCUUCCAUAACAACAUUGGUGGAUGUUUAUCGUCAUGUUGGAGAGAGAGUCAGAGCAGACCUGGGAAAGAGAGGACUUCCAGCUGCACGGUUACAGACAAUAUUUGCUCGUUUUGAUGAAGCCUUGAAUUCAGGCAACAUGGCUCUCAGCCCGAGUCACGAUCGUAGUUUUGAAGAUGAUGACAGUGUGGAUGGAAAUCGCUCUUCCUCAGCCCAGGCUGCCUUCAAGGUUCCCAAAGUUCCCAAGAAGCCUGCUGACUCCUCUGCUGCACGCAGACCCAGCGCUACUGGAGGCAAGCUAGCGUCCAAGGAAAGUGCCGGGGCAGUUGAUGAAGAGGAUUUUAUUAAAGCCUUUACAGAUGUCCCUACUGUCCAGAUCUACUCAACAAGGGACCUUGAGGACAACCUGAAUAAGAUCCGUGAGGUCUGCUCUGAUGACAAACACGACUGGGACCAGAGAGCCAACGCUCUGAAGAAAAUCCGCUCGCUGUUGGUGGCAGGCGCAGCGACCUACGACUGUUUUUACCAGCACCUAAGGCUACUAGAUGGAGCCUUCAAACUGUCAGCUAAAGACCUGCGCUCACAAGUGGUCAGAGAGGCCUGUAUCACAGUGGCCCACCUCUCAUCAGUACUGGGGAAUAAAUUUGACCAUGGGGCAGAGGCCAUCGUUCCCGUCCUGUUCAACCUCAUCCCAAACUGUGCCAAAGUCAUGGCCACCUCUGGUGUCUCGGCCAUUCGUAUCAUAAUACGGCACACCCAUGUUCCCAGGCUCAUCCCACUGAUAACCAGCAACUGCACAUCCAAGUCUGUGGCUGUAAGAAGGCGCUGUUAUGAUUUCUUGGACCUUCUGCUACAGGAAUGGCAAACCCACUCUCUAGAAAGGCACACAGCAGUUCUGGUGGAGAGCAUCAAAAAGGGAAUUCGAGAUGCCGACUCAGAAGCCAGAGUGGAGGCCCGCAAAGCCUACUGGGGUCUGAGGAACCACUUUCCAGGAGAAGCUGACGCUCUCUACAACUCCUUAGAGUCGUCGUACCAGAGAACUCUUCAGUCCUGCCUGAAGAGCUCUGGCAGUGUGGCCUCACUUCCCCAGAGUGACCGCUCCUCAUCUUCCUCUCAAGAGAGCCUCAAUCGCCCUCUGUCUUCGAAAUGGUCAGCAGCUCCAGGGCGAGUCCCUGCGGGUUCAAAGGGUGGGGUGUCGUCGGCCUCCCUGCAGCGUUCCCGUAGCGACGUGGAUGUAAACGCAGCAGCGGUUGCUAAGAGCCGGCACGUCGGAACAGCCGGGAGAGCGGGCCGUCUGCCCCCCGGCUCCUACUCCUCACUGGAUGAUGCCUCUGAUAAAACGGAUGGCCGUGUACGCACCAAGCAGCCCUUGUCUACUGCCAGCAGCGUUUCCAGCCAGGUGGACUCACGAGGACGCAGCCGCACCAAGAUGGUCUCCCAGUCGCAACGUUCGGACGAAUCCGAUUGCACACCAGGAUCUCAGUCUGCUACCCCUGUUGGUGCCGGCAGUCGGAGCGGCUCGCCGGGUCGCGUGCUGACGACUACAGCCCUGAGCACCAUGAGCACUGGAGCCCACAGGGUGCUAGCCGGAUCCAGUGGGGAUGGACACAGGCGCAGCCGCAUCCCCCGCAGCCAGGGAUGCUCCAGAGACUCUUCUCCCACCCGCCUGUCUGUUGCUCCUUCUAGCAUUAGUUCCAUCUACAACGGCGCAAGCAGAGGAGCUCGGGGCAGUCGUAUCCCUCGGCCCAGUAUGAGUCAGGGCUGCAGCAGAGAGGCCAGCAGGGAGAGCAGCCGGGACACCAGCCCCGUACGCUCCUUCACGCCCCUCGCAACACGGAGCUACUCUCGCUCCACCGGAGCUCUCCACACACCUGACGCUUUUGGGGCUGCAGGCUCAGGUUUUGGCAUCAGUCAGUCUAGUCGUCUUUCUUCUUCAGUCAGUGCCAUGAGGGUCCUCAACACUGGCUCGGAUGUGGAAGAGGCACUCGCGGAUGCGCUGCUGUUGGGAGACAUGAGAUCUAAGAAGAAGCCAGCCCGGCGGCGGUAUGAGAACUAUGGCAUGUAUUCUGAUGAUGAUGCUAACAGCGACGCAUCCAGUGCCUGUUCAGAGAGGUCCUACAGCUCCAGGAAUGGAGGAGCCAUUCCCACCUACAUGAGGCAAACAGAAGAUGUAGCUGAGGUGCUCAACCGCUGUGCCAGUGCCAACUGGUCUGAGAGAAAGGAAGGGCUAUUGGGCCUCCAAGCUCUGCUCAAGAACCAGCGCACCCUCAGUCGGGUAGAGUUGAAGAGACUGUGUGAAAUCUUCACCAGGAUGUUUGCAGACCCUCACAGUAAGCGAGACUCCGGCAGGGUGUACGGCACGGCAGAAUCCGGUAUAAGCUCAGCCUCCUUCAAGAGAGUGUUCAGUAUGUUCCUGGAGACGCUGGUAGAUUUCAUCCAGGUCCAUAAGGACGACCUGCAGGACUGGUUGUUUGUCCUGCUCACACAGCUGCUGAAGAAGAUGGGAGCGGAUCUGCUGGGCUCCGUACAGGCCAAAGUUCAGAGAGCCCUGGAUAUCACAAGAGAAUCUUUCCCCAACGAUCUCCAGUUUACGAUCCUCAUGAGGUUCACUGUGGACCAGACACAGACGCCCAACCUCAAGGUGAAGGUGGCUAUUCUAAAGUACAUAGAGACGCUGACGUUACAGAUGGAAGCUCCAGACUUCGUAAACUCCAGUGAGACUCGGCUGGCUGUCUCUCGCAUUAUCACCUGGACAACUGAACCCAAGAGCUCUGAUGUCAGAAAGGCCGCCCAGUCGGUGUUAAUCGCCCUGUUCCAGCUCAACACUCCAGAGUUCACCAUGCUGCUGGCAGCUCUGCCCAAAACCUUCCAGGACGGAGCCACCAAGCUGCUUCAAAACCACCUGAAGAACACUGGCAACGCUGCACAGGCACCAAUGGGCAGCCCUUUGACCCGCCAUACUCCCAGAUCUCCAGCCAGCUGGUCCAGUCCAGUCACUUCCCCCACUAACACUUCCCAGAACACCCCCUCACCAAGUGCAUUUGACUAUGACACAGAAAACAUGAACUCGGAGGACAUUUACAGCUCACUGAAAGGUGUCACUGAGGCCAUCCAGAACUUCAGCGUUCGCAGCCAAGAAGACAUGAAUGAACCAGUCCAACGACGAGAAGGAGAAGAGGGAGGCAGCGGGACAGACGGCAGAGGUUCAGACUUGGUGGACGGUGGCCGCAUGGCUCUGGACAACAAAACUUCCCUCCUCAACACCCCCCUGCUCUCGUCCAGCCCUCGAGGGGCCCGCGAACACUUCUCGGACUCCCCCUUCAAACAUAGCCGCAAAGACACCAGCCUGGACGACUCCGAACAACUCGCUGACGACAGCAGCCUGGACCAAUCAGAGCUGGUGGCCGAGUUGCUCAAGGAGUUGUCCAAUCACAACGAGCGCAUCGAGGAGAGGAAGGCAGCACUGUGUGAGCUGCUGAAGCUGAUUCGUGAAAACACCCUGCAGGUGUGGGAUGAGCACUUCAAGACCAUCCUGCUGCUCCUGCUCGAGACGAUGGGUGACAGAGAGCAUGUGAUCCGAACGCUGGCUCUGCGGGUGCUGAGGGAGAUUCUCAGCAAGCAGCCCUGGAGGUUCAAGAACUACGCAGAGCUCACCAUCAUGAAGGCCCUGGAGUCUCACAAAGACCCUCACAAGGAGGUGGUACGAGCAGCAGAGGAGACAGCAGCCAUGUUGGCGUUGUCCAUCAGUCCAGACCAGUGCAUCAAGGUGCUGUGUCCCAUUAUCCAGUCAGCUGAUUACCCCAUCAACCUGGCUGCUAUCAAGAUGCAGACCAAAGUGGUAGAGAGGGUUCCCCGUGAAGGCCUGAUCUGCAUGUUGCCAGAGAUCGUACCGGGACUCAUACAGGGUUACGACAACUCUGAGAGCAGUGUGAGGAAAGCCUGUGUGUUCUGCCUGGUGGCCAUCUACGCAGUGAUCGGAGAGGACCUCAAACCGCACCUCAGCCAACUCUCCAGCAGCAAGCUGAAGCUGUUGAAUUUGUACAUCAAACGCGCCCAGUCUGGCUCCACCGGCAGCGAACCCUCGUCUGAGGGCCUAUAGGAGACACAGCGCCGUCCCACAGGGCAUCCACAGAACUGCAACUACACUCUCCAAACAUAAAAACAUCUGUUCAUGAGAUCACACCCACACAGACCGACAACAAAUCACGGAUCAAAUCGCUCACAGGAGCAAACUGCUUACAACCACAGCAGACACAGCGUAUACACACACAUGCAUAGGCACACAGAGUUCCCAUACAUUUCCUGCCUCACUGUAAAAUGGGAGUGAUGACAGAGGAGAGGAGUGUUGUAGUUCUUCCCCUGAUUCCUGACUGAACUGAACCCUUACAUUUGGAUUAAACAUAAACAGACUUGCAGACACAUGCUCUUUCCAGGUUUGUCACUAAUCACCCGAGGAUGAAGAUAUGAAAUGUCCGUCCUGUCCACUCUGCUUUCUAUCCAGAACACAACAGUGUCCCCUCUGAACAACAUUGUGAUGUCAACAGCAAGCGGAGCAUCUGCAUGGUUCUCAUUUCUCUGUAGAGGGGGUAAUAUUUGUCAGACAGCACUGCGAUGAACCAAUGGUGCUGUCAUGUUUGCUUCUUGAACAGUGAGUAACUGGGGCCAGCUAGAUGGGAAUGUAAAUUUACAUUGUGUCAUAGUUUGGAUUUACUUUACGCAAUGAGGUUUUACUGCAGUGGUUUUUAAUACCUGGAGUUUUCUCACUUACUCGCACAUCAACACGCGUUCUCUCUUUCAAAAAGGUGCUGAUGAGCCUAAAGAAAGGUACGACCGACCAACCCUGCGCAGCACUAACGCAAGCCACAGCGGGUCACGCCUGCUCAGAGCAAAUACAGUACAUAGACAGGUUCCAAAUAUAGGAGGCGUUAUGUGCUUGGCUAUGCAUGAGACUAAACGUAAAAAAUAACUUUUUAUUGGGGUCCUAUUGACAGAAUAACUUGACUGAGGGUUUUAAAUUAAUGUGAACAAUACCCACCACUUUCAGAUAAAUCCAUGAUGUCCUCCAUUUGUCCCAGCUCAUCUUGGAUCACUUCUGGGCAACAUGGGGAGGAAAAUGGGUGCGUGCUGCUUAUUACAUGAAGUAUGACCAGACAUGGCUUAUUAUCACAUAGUGGAUAUGUAUCUAUAUAUGAUAUUAAAAUGGAAUAUCCAUUAACAGUGUCAUUUAGGAGAGUCCCCCCGGGGGGUGCACGCGCACCUAUGCCCAUCCUUGUUUUUAUUUCUCUUUCUCUGUUGCGCGUGCCGUAGUCUCUCUCUCACACUUAUUAUUUUUCUCUGCUGAGAAAUUUGUAGAAAUGUAUUAUUUACUGCUCUGAAAAAAAAACAAUUGUCAUGUCUCACUUUUCUCCUAUUCAUCGUGUCUUUCUUUCCUUCCUCUUGUAACAUUCUAGUUUUCACUGUUGUGUUUCCUCAGUGCAUUUACAAAGCUGUGCUUACAAUAAAAUAAAGAACUUGUACAGAUCAUGAUAAGAAA